AGUUCUUGAAGCCUUACUUAACGAAAUAGAUAGCGGUGCCGAAUAUAAAGAUAAAUUAGACAAAAUGAACGCUUCUGUAAAAAAAAUGUUAAAAUUAUACGAAUGGAAAGGUGACGAUGGCAAGGACGAAGUUGAAAAUAUAAAUAAUCUAGAAAA